GAUAAACAUAUGUAACCUGGAGGAGUACGCAACCAUUUCUGUCGUGUAAAUGGUGUAGGCCGUGCCUAUAUAAGAGCUAUACGGCUGAACAGGCUGCUGCACAUUCAGAUACAUACACCUGCUCAUCGAGUGAUCGGACAAAGGUCAAGGUAGCUCUCUGCAAGGUUGAGAUGGCGAUCAGGAAUCAGAUGGCGACGCGGUCGCUGGACGGGGACAUGACCGUGGACGAGUUCAAGGAAUGGCUCCGGCGGUUCGACGUGAACCACGACGGCCGGAUCAACCGCGAGGAGCUGCGGUGCGCGAUGCGCACCAUCCGGACGCGCUUCUCGGGGUACAAGAGCAAGCGGGGCAUCGACUACGCCGACGCGAACGGCGACGGCUGCAUCGACGACAGCGAGGUCGACGGCCUCAUCGACUACGCGCAGAAGAGCCUCGGGCUCAGGAUCGUCGCCUACUAGACUAUAUUCAGCGCUUGUUAACUUCAUCCACCUAUGCUCCACGCUAGAAUAAGCGGUCGAUCGCUUGCUUGCUACCCCUGUACCCUUUUGAUUUCUUGUGUACUUAUUUGCUAAUCUGUGCGCCGUACGUGCGCGUUUGUGAUC